AUGGCAUUAAAUAGUUCAACUAUUCAUUCAUUAGAAUCGUUAACAGUUAGGUUUGGUUAUGAUUCAUUUCGUGUAUAUUUUAAUGAUGACUCAAAUCGUAAUGACAAUGAAGACCACCAAUUAAAUCAAUUAAAACCAUCAAAAUAUUGUGAGUAUGAUUUUUCAAAACUAGUAGAGUUUUCAAUUAAAAUCUCAAGUUUAUCAACUAUAAAUAAAUCAUUAAAAAGAUUAGUAAUCAGAAAGUGUUUAGAUGACCAUAUAGGAGAAUCACCCUCUAACGAUAGACCAGGUUUAUUAAUUAAUCAGCUAAUUCAUAAUUCAACAUUAAAAACACUGGGUCUAGAAUUUUAUGAUAUUCGUAACUGUUCAGAAUUAUCACAAUUAACUCAAAUACCGAAUAUUACAACACUUUAUUGUAGCCCCAAAUCAAUUAAAUAUUUUCUUCAGCACUGCAUCAAUAACCCACACAUAAAGAAACUGGUAGUUGGUAACGAACAGGAGUACAAUGUUGAUACCGAGCUUUAUGAAACAUUUUCAAAUUUCUUUUUGAACAAUCAUUCAUUAAAAACAUUGGUAUUAUUAGAAUACAUUCAUUAUUUUUUCACAAAAACUUUUUAA